AGAAAAGCCAAGGAGCAACAGCUGCAGCUUCAUCUGCUCCGCUGUGGGUGUGGGCGCUUGUGUACGCACGCUUACCCACCUCCCUCACCGACUAGACACUCAGUCGCUCGAUAGAAGGCGAGCUCGGCGGAUGCUCGAUGGAUGCUGACAGCGCUGACUUCCGAGCAGGAUAAUAAAUUUGUCAUCGGUAUGGUGCAGUGUAGUGGCGUUGGGGUUUUUGUGGGGUUCUCUCACAUGAGGCUUACCUGCCUGGAAGGUAAGAAAGUCUAUUAGAGGCAGAUGUUGGAUCAUCUCAUGCUGACAGGCGCCCAGGGGAACGCAGGAACCAGUGCAGUCGCAGGAGCAUCAAUGAAGACUAUGGACAUUCUUUUGGGUCUUUUUCCCUCUGCAUAAAAGACUAACCAUGGCCCCAGGAGAAGAGAGCUAAACAUGUUUUAAGAAUAUCAAAAAAUUAAAAAUAUUCCUCAAAUAUGGGACAACAUAAACUUUCACGGUGCUGAAAACAAUUUAUACAAGCAGCAGUUGCCCAAAUUAAAAGUUAAAAGAACAUAAAGCAUGCUGCUUAUGAAGCCAGUUUCAAUCCAAAUUCUGUGUCACAUAAAUCAAUCUAUGCAGGUGUUUGGCCUCAUUGUGCAUUGUAAAUUGUGUGAAGUGACUGGCCGGGAAAACAAAGUGACAAAUGAUAAACGAUUCAAUAAUUAAAACAGUCUCAAGCAAAAAUCAGUGCCAACUCACUCAAUCUAAACAGAUUUCAAUCUUGACUGGAAAAUCGAAUGAUUAAAAUACACCUAAAAUUAAAAACCGGUCUCGAGCCCAAUUUUGACUCACAGCAGAUUUCAAACCUUGUCAUGCAUUGAUAUUUCACGCUAAUGGUCAUUGUGACUUUUACUGUCAAACAUUCACCAUUUCACUUUACCUUUUGAAGUUGUCAUGUUAAAGCUUUAAGCAUUAGCAUUUUCCAAAGAACAGAAACGUCAUCAAUGCCUCGACAUUUCUUUACACUAGAACACUUCCCACUACUGACUCCAACAGCGUUGUAAAACUUUAAAACUAUAAAUCUAGCAUUUAAACCAUCAACAGGAUAAAGAGAUUAUGUUAGUGUGCAGGAAAUGGGAAUGAUAAAUGAAGAUCUCAGGAGUAAUCUUAUUUCUUUAUUAGGGCUGAGCCAGCACGAUUAAAAUAGAUGACAUUCCAUUCUUUCAAUUAAUUAGCUGGUAUGUCUUCUUUGGCUAAAGAAAACAUUGUGAGGGUCUUUCCCACGAAUUAAAACAUUUCAGAUCCUGCAACAAUUCUAAUUGGGAACAUGAAUUUUGGUGGACAUUUGUGUAAAUAGUAGGCCCAUAAAGAAGCCUCAAGAAACUAUGCCUGAAAAGACACAGGAAUUCUGACGUUUUGGGUAGAAGACACCAUCCUGGCUUGGAAGUCCCCAAUAACACAAUAUUGUCCCUCAAAGACAGGGUCAUGAGUAGACCUGUGAAGAAGUCUUGAGAGAAACUGUAAUGGAAAAGACAUUAGUUACUUCUGGAUUCUUCAACUCUGGAUUCUGUUUCCUGAGUACAUUUUGGAUGUGAAGCAUUAUGGAUUCUCUCCAGAACAGCCUCUUGGACUUCUCUCCCCUGCAGGACAGAGUCAACGGCACACUUGCCUUUGGCCUCAGUCCAGGCAUCUCAUCCUCAGGUGACCUGUCAGACCUGGAAAGCAUGCUCCUGUGGACCCUACACGAGCCCAGCACCAUUGCGUUGACCCUCAUGUACAGCCUAUCCUUUCUCCUGGGCUUUGUGGGCAACCUGAUGUCCCUUCGGGUUCUUACCAACCGCCGCAGUCGGCGUCUGGCGGGUGUCAGCGCCACCCGAAGCCUGCUGGUCAACCUUGCCGUGUGCGAUCUGGCGGUGGUGUGCGUGUGCAUGCCAAUCACGCUGGGCAGUCACAUCUACACCGCCUGGGUUUACGGUGACCUGUUGUGCCGUGCUGUUCCCUUCACACAGGCUGUUUCAGUGUCGGCCAGCGUUCUUACGCUCACUGUAAUCAGCGUCAAUCGCUACUACAGCGUCCGGUCACCACUCAGGGCACGGUCUAUGUUCACUCGUCGACGCAUCCUCGCCACAGUCGCUGUGGUGUGGGCUGCCUCGUCCGCCAUGUGUGCCCCCAUCGCCAUCAUGAACCGCCUUCGGGAAAUCAGUUUUGGGACCUUCACCAUUCUGGUGUGUCAAGAGGACUGGCCCAAGCAUCGCCUAAAACAAGGAUACAACGUGUUGCUGUUUGUGAUGCUGUACUGCCUUCCUGUUACCUUCAACCUGACUAUCGGUUUCCUGACUGGGCGGCGUCUGUGGGGCGGCACCCAGUCCACAUUUGCAGACCUGGACCCGCGCAGCCAGGCCUUGCAUGCUUCUCGCCUGAAGACUCGACAAAAGAUCGCCAAGAUGGUAGUAUGCCUGGUGCUGCUGUUUGCCGCGUCGUGGCUACCACUCUACGUUGCAGACUUGUGGAUUGACCGUGAGCUCCGACCACCCUCCUGGCUUCUCCAGACCCGACCGUUCGCCCAGUGGCUGGGCCUGACCAACUCAAGCCUCAACCCCAUCUGUUACUGCUUCAUUGGGGACCUCUACCGUUCUGCCAAGGUGAUACGGAUGCGUUACUACCAGAAGGUGUCUGCCCUCUUUGGGAGUGCCCCUUUCGCCAGUUCAGGGGUGGCGCCAUCUCCCUCAACAAAUGCUGCUUGUAAGAGGGAUCACGUUGCUGCUGCAAUCAGCAUCUCCACUUCGGUGGCGACCAUACCCCGCUUUCUGAGCUUGGCACAAGUUAAAGGACUCGACAAAAUGAUCUCAGCCAACCAUGGUGGAUCAGACCACAGCAUCUCGGAAUGGUGCCGUUCUAGCCCGAGCACGUUCGAAAAUAAUAAUUGCCUUUUACCCUGCAAGUUGCGUACAUUUGAUCCCACCCUCGAUCCAUCCCUUGGUCCUUUUCGACUUGACUUACUGCCGUCACGGAGACACUCGGCUCAGGACAACUUAACGUCAUUACACCUGAGGAUGGAAUCGGAAAUAGAGACUCUCGCACCCAGGAGGUACUCGGGAGACAGCCGUGUGUGGUGA